CCACAGUUCUCGUGCGGCAGUCUGACGACCACCACCACACCAAACAAACCUCACCGGGCCAAGCGGCCGGGGCGCCCGUCCGUCCGUCCCACCGUCCUCUUCCCCUUGCUGCUGCCAGAUAGCGCAACGGACCAUGGCCGCCGUGGCAGGCCCCACCGUCCUCCGGCUCCGCCCCAGGGCCGCCUCCCUGUCCGCGCCGGCCAUCUCCGCCCCUCCUCGCUGCCGCCUCAGCUCCGUAGCCUGCUCCUAUCCCAAGGCAAUCCCCUCCUCCUCGUGCUCAAACGCCUAGAGCAUUUUUCCUCUACCUGUAUGACCUCCUCUUUCGUGCUUGGUUAGCGAUUAGCUUGCAGGAUCAUUUGCAGUUCAGAGGGUAAAUGGAAGUAGGAUGCAGUACUUGGGCACUCCAAAAGAACAAGUUCUAAGGAGCUCCAGCAACCAUGAUGGACAUAGUAAGCGAAUUGUUUCCUGCACUGCUAGCGACAAACAGGAGCCAAUUGCUUCGCUUACCUCGGACACACCGGUCUUAGAAGAUACCAAUAGUAAUACUGCAGAUUCCUCUGCAUCUUUGGGCUCCGAUUUUACUGAGAGGAGUGCUGGAAAACCGGGAUUCAUCUCAUUUCAUGGCGGCAGCUCUCAAACGUUAAGUGUGGAGGGUGUGCCACAUCCUGGCAAGGAAGCAUCUAGAUUAGUAUGGUUUGUUGGUCCAACUAUUCUUGUGGCAUUCUUGGUUCUUCCAUCGCUUUACCUGCGCAGAGUACUCUCAGCCGUGUUUGAGGAUUCCCUGUUGACAGAUUUCCUUAUACUAUUCUUCACUGAGGCUCUGUUUUACGGAGGAGUCGGGAUUUUUGUCCUGUUAAUUGAUAAAGUCUGGAGACCUUUGCAGCAGGUAGCACCUAAGAGCUACAUCUGGUCAAAAGCUAGGUUUUUCCGAAUUUCUUCAGUAACAACGAUGGUUCUAAGCCUGAUAAUACCGCUUCUGACAAUGGGCAUGGUUUGGCCCUGGACUGGUCCAGCAGCUUCAGCUACUCUUGCACCUUAUCUGGUAGGUCUUGUUGUACAAUUCGUAUUCGAGCAGUAUGCACGGCAUCGGAAAUCACCUUCUUGGCCAGUUAUCCCUAUUAUCUUUAAGGUCUACAGGCUUCACCAACUGAACAGGGCAGCUCAACUGGUGACAGCACUCACCUUUUCUGUUAGAGGAACUGAGGCAACAAAUCAAACUUUGUCUAUCAUGAACUCCUUAGGGGCACUACUGACUGUUCUUCAAAUUCUUGGCGUUAUCUGUGUAUGGUCACUCUCGAGCUUUCUGAUGAGGUUUCUUCCCUCUUCAGACAUUCCAGAUCCUUGACUCAUAGGCUCAUAGCACAGCAAUUAAAGUAGUCAAUGAAUAUAGCCUCCUCACUGUAAAUUGAUCUACCUGGAGCCAGUUUAUACAUCUGCAGAGGUUAUCUUUAGUUUAGGGGUUAAACUGCUUCAGCUGAUGAACUGCAGAGAAAUUGUCUGAUUUGUCGGUCUGGAAUUGAAUAAACUGAAAAAAAAAAAGAGCUGAUCUGUUGGCUCUUUAGGAUGUUCGAUGCA